GAGGAGGAGGAAGGCAGGCAAUAGCUGGUCGUGGGCCAGGCCCCUCUCUUUCCUUCUGCCGGCCCGCGCGGUGCGUCCAAGCGCGCCAAACUUCUCCCCGACCCGUCCGGCUCGCUCCCGCGGCGCUGUCGUGGUUCCGGAGGGAGGGAGAGAAGGGGGAAGCGCGCGACCGGGCGCGCGCCUUAAAGGGGGCGCGCGGCACCGAGACGGGGCCGGCGGAAGUGAGCGGGGUCUGCGCUCCUUUGGGCGGCCAGCGUGUGAAGGCGGACGCCGCGGGAAGCACGUGGGCCGCCUGGGCUUGCGCCCUGACAGACCGCGGCGAGGGCGGAGAAGCGGCCGGUGGGCUUCGGGGUCGGCCGGAGCGUGACUGCCCCCCCUGCUUCGUCUUCUUCUUCCUCUCUUUCUCCUUCCAUGCUGUCCUUGGGCGUUUCUGUGGGCCGAAACUGGAGCAGGUACUGUACUCUGUGCAAGGCGGACAGAGAGAGACAGACAGACAGCCCGCCCUCACCUGCAAGAUAUCGGUUGGCACCGGGGAGGGGUCGCGUCUGAAGGACCGCGGGCGGAGGCUGCCCGCAUUUUUCCUCCGCUGCACACACUGCAGUCUCUUUUGUUUGCAAGGGCUGAGGCAGGGAAAGGCGUUCUGUGUCAGGGCCCUUCUCUCUCUGAGAGCUGGUGGCCCAAGAAUUUUAUUCAAAAUGACAUUAGGAACAGAGAUUACUACCCUUCUGAAGGCUUCUUCCUGUAGUGCAGCAGACCGAAACUUUCUGAAAUGGGAUUUGCCACCAGAGCAGAUUAAAACAAGAACUGAGGAACUAAUCAAGAAAACAAAGCAGGUCUAUGACAGUGUUGGGAUGCUUGAUAUGGAUACAGUCACUUAUGAGAAUACUGUACAAACUCUAGCAGAUAUAGAAGUUGAGUAUUCAGUGGAAAGAAGCAUGUUGGAUUUCCCGCAGCAUAUCUCACCUGAUAAAGAUGUGCGUGCAGCAAGCACUGAAGCCGAUAAAAAGCUGUCUCAUUUUGAUGUUGAGAUGAGUAUGAGAGAGGAUGUUUUCCAAAGAAUUGUCCAUUUCCAGCAAACAUAUGACAUUAAAGCUUUAAAGCCCGAAGCCAAAAGAUAUUUAGAAAAGUCAAUAAAAAUGGGAAAAAGGAACGGGCUUCACCUUCCUAUAGAAGUACGAAAUGAAAUCAAGACAAUAAAGCAGAAACUGAGUGAAUUAUGCAUAGACUUCAGCAAAAAUCUCAAUGAAGAUAAUACUUUUCUGAUAUUUUCUCAAGAGGAGCUGUGUGGCCUUCCUGAGGAUUUUAUCAGUGGUUUAGAGAAAACUGAAACAAACAAAUAUAAGGUUACCUUAAAAUACCCUCACUAUUUUCCUGUUAUGAAGAAGUGCAGUGUUCCAAACACUAGACAAAAAAUGGAAGCUUCUUUUAACACCAGGUGCAAAGAGGAAAAUACUAACAUUCUUCAACAGUUGCUUCCAUUGAGGGCAAAACUAGCAGAGCUUCUGGGAUACAACACACAUGCCAACUUUGUCCUUGAGCUGAACACAGCAAAGAUCACAGACAAUGUUACAGAAUUUUUAGAUGUUCUGAGUAAUAAGCUGAAGCUUCUGGGUGAAGAAGAAAGAGUGUUUAUUUUAAAUCUGAAGAAGAAAGAAUGUGAAAUCAGAGACUUUGAAUAUGAUGGAAGGAUUAAUGCUUGGGAUCUACAUUACUAUAUGAAUCAGGUGGAGGAGCUCAAGUAUUCCAUUGAUCAAGAGAAGCUGAAGGAGUACUUUCCCAUUGAAGCAGUCACAGAAGGGCUACUGAAUAUUUACCAGCAGCUCCUUGGACUUGUAUUUGAAAAAGAGAAUGAUGCUCAUGUUUGGCAUGAGAGUGUUACUCUUUACACAGUGAAGGACAGUUCAACAGGAGAUGUUCUAGGGCAGUUUUACUUGGACCUCUACCCAAGAGAAGGAAAGUACGGCCAUGCUGCCUGCUUUGGUCUCCAGCCAGGCUGCCUUCUUUCUGACGGCAGCAGGAUGAUGUCAGUAGCAGCUCUGGUUACCAACUUCACAAAGCCUAUGCUGGAUCGUCCAUCGCUGCUGCGUCAUGGUGAAGUGAAAACAUACUUCCAUGAGUUUGGACAUGUAAUGCACCAGAUAUGUGCUCAGACUGAUUUUGCAAGAUUCAGUGGAACUAAUGUGGAAACAGACUUUGUAGAGGUACCUUCACAGAUGUUUGAGAAUUGGGUAUGGGAAAUAGAACCUCUGCAAGCAAUGGCAAAACAUUAUAAAGAUGGCAGCCGUGUUCCUGAUGAUCUCCUGGAAAAGCUUGUUGCUUCUAGGCUGGCCAACACAGGCCUUUUGACUCUUCGUCAGAUUGUUUUGAGCAAGGUUGAUCAAUCUCUUCAUACAAAUGCUUCUGCUGAUCCUGCUGAGGAAUAUGCCAAAUUCUGUGAUGAAAUUUUGGGGAUACCUGCAACCCCAGGUACAAAUAUGCCAGCUACCUUUGGCCACUUGGCAAGUGGAUAUGACGCCCAAUACUAUGGAUACUUGUGGAGUGAAGUUUUCUCUAUGGAUAUUUUUUACAACUGCUUUAAACAAGAAGGCAUAAUGAAUCCAAGGGCUGGAAUGAAAUACAGAAAUUUUAUCUUGAAACCUGGAGGUUCAUUAGAUGGGAUGGAUAUGCUCCAAAACUUUUUAGGUCGUAAGCCAAAUCAAAAAGCCUUUUUAUUGAGUAAAGGGCUAUUUACUUAAUCAGACUAUGAGUUGUUUACCAUCAGAUGUCAUCCGGCAAAUCAGUCCUGAAAUGAUUUGAUUCAGUUGAUUUUCUGAAAGGUAAAACGUGUUCACUAGGAAAAAACUAAUUGUUUUUCUAAUGUUUUUAUUACUGUUUUUCACAAUUCUUAAUGUCAAUUCAAAAUUCACUCUGAAUUGCCGUACUGUAUUGAACUGUGUACUUUUUAUUUAUAAAUUAUUUGUGGAUUCUGAUAAAUGAUAAAAGGAAAAAUGUUGUAAUUUUCCAAAUUAAUUAGAAGUGGUGAAGAAAUGUUAACGUCAUCAGUGUGGAUUUUUAAUUCUGUAUAAUAUUACUCAUUAUUUGGUCUACUUAGUAGUAACUUACAGAGGGUAAGACCUCACAGUCAGGUGGCAACCUGUUUCCUUCUUUUACAAUGUGACUCUUCUAGGCAAAGCAACUCUUUUAAUGCCUAAGGACAGAUUCAGCUGUUAUAAGUACAGUAGCUAAUAAUUAGAGCUAAAAGCAUGUUACUGUUGGAGAUAAGUUACUGAGGCAGUAUUUUUAGGCUUGUAAAAUCAGAUUUCAAAGGCACCUCAAGCUUAAAUCCCAAAAAUCAAUCACCAAACAGCAAACCAAUGUGCAUACUGCUGGGGUUGAGAGAAGCUCUUGUGAAACCUGCCUUAGUUAUGGAUUUUGAGAAAACUUUGCAUUAGAAUGAACAGAUAGUCUGUUUCCUCUUAAGGAUAUACUGCUUCUUAAUACUAAAUUGGCAUCCUAAAUUUCCUUCUUGUACUCUGCCCAAUAGACAGAGACCACACUUGAGGCACUUAAUAAUCCUGAUGUGCUUGUUUACUUGAAAGCACAGCAUUCACAGAACAAUAAGCAUCAUUU